CUUUCUGAGCACCUUCUCCGAAUGCCUCAGCCUUUCUGUUUUAGCUUUUUUCUUUUCCAACCCUCUCUCAACUCGUUCUCUUUUUCCUUUUCCUCUCUUUUAUCCAUCCCUCUUGCAUCUCUCUCCCUGUAGAUCUUGAAUGUUCGCCGUCCGAUCGCCUUGCUCCUUCCUUUUGUGAACGUUGAUUUCAUUUUUAACGCUAUUUUUAAGAAUUUGCUUGUUUACAUUCUUUCAAUUUUUGUUUUCGUCCCUGGAAUCAGAAGAUUCGUUUUCGUUAUCGGUGCUUCGAUCACGUUUCGGUUUUUGGAGAAUUUAGGGUUUUCAAUCUCAAAAUUUUCGAUGGUCGUUGCCUUUUCUCGUUUUCUGAUACAAAAGAUCAUCUUGUCCCUUUAAUUCUCCAUUUUUUUGGGGGGAGGUUCCACUGGAGGUGUAAUCUCCGUCAGAUGACGAGGGUUAGGGUUUUAGUGGUAUUUCCAUGAAGCAAGACAAUCUGGAUAGCAUAGUUUUUAUUUUUUCAGGGAUUAUCUUCCUUGUUAGUUUGAAUUUCUAGGGUCUAGAGAUGCGAGCGUCGGUGGCGGAGACUUCGAAUGAAUCUCCGCCGCAGCCGUCUCUGGAUCGCCCGGUGACGGCAGAUUCGCGAGGAAAGCACCGGAUCCAGGCGGAGUUGAAGCGGUUGGAGCAAGAGGCACGAUUUCUGGAGAAAGAAAUAGAAGAGUUGGAGGCUACAGAAAAUGUAUCCAUCACAUGUCAGGAUUUGAUACAAAGCGUAGCAGCAAGACCAGAUCCUCUCCUGCCCAUCACGGUUGGGCCUGUUAAUCCCGCUUGGGAUCGGUGGUUCGAAGGGCUGCAGAAUUCGAAAGGUCAUGGAUGCCAGAUUAUGUAAUGAAUUGAUCUCUUUCUGUUAUAUUAUUUUUUGUCCAUUAUUUUUUCUCAGAGAAGCUGCGGGUGGUUUGUUGUUGUAAAACUCGAAAAAGAAAGCAUUGUGGCAAUUGCAAGGAAUUCCAUCAUA